GUGGACAUUGGCGACAAAGAAGAUGCAGUCACGCUGGCUUUUCGGGAUCUCCGUGAUUCUCCUGGCCCAUUGGACCGCGGCCAAUCCAAUUUUAAGCCAUCCCAAAGUGGCCACCGAGUUUAUCAUCCUACAUAAUAAUGAUAUGCAUGCCCGAUUCGAUCAGACGAGCGUUAAUAGUGGCACCUGCCCUCCGGAGGAUGCACAUACGAAUAAAUGCUAUGGAGGAUUCGCCCGGGUGGCCCACGAAGUUCGAAAGUAUCGGAAGGAGGCGCAGGAGGGUGGUACUUCCGUGUUGUACCUCAAUGCUGGUGAUACCUACACUGGAACCGCUUGGUUUACUAUUUUCAAGGACAAAAUCGCCAGUGCUUUCCUCAACAAAUUGCAACCCGAUGCGAUAUCCUUGGGCAAUCAUGAAUUCGAUGAGAGAGUAGAGGGUCUGAUACCCUUUCUCAACGAGGUCACCUUUCCUGUACUGGCCUGUAACCUGGACCUUAGCAAGGUUCCCCAACUGAAGGCCACCAAGCACUUGGCUCACUCCGCCAUCCUGGAGUCCAAUGGCACUAAGAUCGGUGUCAUAGGUUACUUGACGCCGGAUACCAAGAAACUUACACUCAACAUGGAUGUGGAGUUUAACGAGGAGGUGGAGUCUAUUAAUAUUGAGGCAAAGAAACUGAAGGCGCAGGGCAUUAAAAUUAUUAUCGCUCUUGGCCACUCGGGUUAUUUGAAGGAUUUGGAGAUAGCCAAGAAGUGUCCGGAGGUGGACAUCGUCAUUGGUGGCCAUACAAACACGUUCCUCUACACCGGUACCCAGCCGGAUGCGGAGCACAUAGAUGGACCCUAUCCCACGAUGGUCAAGCAGAACAGUGGCAAGGAAGUGCCCGUUGUGCAGGCCUAUGCGUAUACCAAAUAUCUUGGAAAACUUCAUGUGCAGUUUGAUGCCGAUGGCAACCUCAUCGAGUGGGAUGGCUCUCCUAUCCUGCUCAAUGCUUCAGUGGCGCAGGAGCAGGACCUCCUGGAUCUGCUGGAGGUCUUCCGUCCGAAUGUCACCAGGCUGGAGAAGUCCGUCGUUGGGCACACCAAGGUUCAUCUGGAGGGUAACAAGGCGGUGUGUCGGGCUGAGGAGUGCAACCUGGGCAAUCUGAUAGCCGAUGCCUUUGUGUUUAGUCGGCUGCUGGAGGAGCAGGGCGGUGAUUUCUGGACAGAUGCUGCCAUUUCUAUAACGCAGGGAGGAGGCAUUCGUAGCUCCAUCGAGAAGCGAUCGGAUGGCGCCAUCACCGACAACGACCUCCUUUCCGUUCUGCCGUGGAGAAACAAGCUCUAUGUGGUGCCCAUGCCGGGUAGCUAUAUUCGUCAAGCUUUGGAGCAUGCAGCUGUGCUGAGGGGCAAGGACUCGGAUGGUGGCUUCCUGCAGGUGUCCGGCAUCCAUGUGGUAUUCAAUCUCAACAAACCCGAGGGUCAGCGAGUGGUUUCCGUGCAGGCUCGUUGCGCCGCCUGCAGAGUGCCCACCUAUAGCAAUCUGAACGAUACUGCCAUCUACAAUGUCGUCCUGGGAGAGUUCCUGCUGGACGGUGGCGAUGGACAUGUAUUUAGGCACUCGGCCCACCAGCCACAGCGCCUGCAAAAUAACGAUUUGGAGGCGGUAUCCCAAUAUCUUGCGAGGCGGGACUAUGUCUUUCCCGAGAUCGAGGGUCGCAUUGUUUUCAUCAAUUCAUCCAGUGCAUCGCUUAUGGGCUCGGCAGUCCUGCUACUCAUCUCUUCCCUUUUGUUAAAGAUUAUUACUUAAAAUAAAGAUUAAAACCAGCUUAAAAGAUUAUUACA